AGCAUGCUUUUGCGGGACAGUCGAUAGCUCCGGACCUCGGGCUCGAAGGUCGAGGGUUUGAGGCCAGAUCCCUGCUGUUUCAUUACACUGGUGUCAGAAGUGGUCGGACCUUGCAUCCACGACAGUGCGUGUGCUUGGCCGGUGAGCGCGUUCCUGUAAGACGUAGAGUCGCAAGCUCUUCGAAAAGAGGAAGUAGUGUAAACGAACCUGGGUUUAUAAGCGCGAAAAUCGACUGCCACUCGAGCAUGCUUUUGCUGCACAGUCGAUAGCGCACAUGUAAGUGGGUUCAUGUGACAGAGAUGAAAAUAUCCAGUUAGAAAUCGAGAAUAGGCUACUUUGAAGCAAGGAGUGCAUCUACAUUUGGAAGUUGUCAAUAUGUUCUCUGAGGAAGAGCAGACAUCCCCUACAUCCUCCUCUUCAUCGCCACCUCCAUCCUCCCACUUCAUCGGGAGGAAAGAAGACGUUGUCCAGGCCAAGCGUGUCACCAAGCUGGUGGGCGGGAGGGACGUGCUGGUUCUGUGCCACCAGGGCAAGCUCCACGCCAUGGACAUGCGCUGCUACCAUACCGGUGGACCACUGCAGGAGGGAGAUAUCGAGGAGUUUGAUGGGCGGAUGUGCAUCGUGUGUCCGUGGCACAAGUACAAGAUCACGCUGGCGGAAGGCGAGGGGCUGUACCAGGCAGUGAACCCCUCGGCUACACCCCCUAAACCCACCUGGCGUUCCAAAGGGGUCAAACAGAGGGUUCACCAGGUCACAGAGGUCAACAGGGAUGUGUAUGUCACAUUUAAUGACUCGCCGGACACCAUUGACUCUGACUUCUACCAGACAGAGAGAUACAGGGCCACUAUAAAUAAGGCCCAGCCCAAGACAAAGAAAUUACUUGAGAAGGUGACGAGCAGGAAAGUGUAAGGAUUUGGGCUAUUUUGUUUGGGAGAAAACCCCUAGUGAUACUAAAUGUGUCUUUCGUUAGCACCGUGGAAUAGUAAACGGGUGGUGCAGGUACACAGCGGACUAAGUACUUCCCUAUCAGCAGCUCAAAGUGUAAUCUCUGGGUUAUCCUUUCGUAUCCUCCAGUGCACUAACUGAGCUCAAUCUCAAUCUUUUCCAAAUUUUCAAAUUUGUACACACUUAAAUAUGUGUUUAAAGAUUCUGUUUUUCUACAGGUGCAGUCUUCCUAUAUUUCUUCAGUUUUGUUUGCCUUGUAAUGUCUGCGUCUAUACAGCAAACGUCUUCAAGAACGAAAGCAGAACUA